AUGCCAGGCGAGGUCAUUGACAAGCCAAACCCCGAACCACUUCCAUCGCAUCUCCCUGCGACGUUGGAUGACCUGAUGGUCAAACUGGACCUGGUCGCCCUCGAACAGAGCGCCUGCGAUGCGUUGAUCAAAUUCCGCCGGGCAGCCUGCUACAUUGCCGCGGCAAUGAUCUUCUUGCAAGAUAACGUGUAUCUCAAGCGGGAGCUCGUACCAGAGGACAUCAAACCUCGAUUACUCGGCAGGCUGGCCCACCCCUACAAGCCCGAUCUAUAUAGUUCUAACAUGCUGUCAAGGGAAUAUGACCUCGACAUGCUGUAUGUCGUCGGACCUGGCCACGGCGCACCGGCCAUCCUGGCGUGUCUCUGGAUUGAAGGCUCCCUCCAGAAGUUCUUCCCUCACUAUUCCCGGGAUACCCAAGGCCUGAAGCGCCUUAUUUCGACGUUCAGCACGACCGCUGGCCUUCCAAGCCACAUCAAUUCAGAAACUCCCGGCGCCAUCCACGAGGGAGGCGAACUGGGAUAUGCCCUUGCCGUCUCUUUCGGCGCAGCGAUGGAUAAUCCAAAUCUGAUUGUUGCGUGCGUGGUGGGCGAUGGGGAAGCCGAAAGCGGCCCGACAGCAACGAGCUGGCAUGCAUACAAGUAUCUCGACCCCAAAGAGUCCGGCGCCGUUCUGCCGAUUUUGCAUCUCAAUGGCUUCAAGAUCAGCGAACGGACGAUCUUCGGUUGUAUGGAUGACAGGGAACUCACGGCUUUGUUCUCGGGUUAUGGAUACCAACCUCGCUUCGUGACGGACCUCGACGAUAUCGACACGGACCUGCACCACUCGAUGAUGUGGGCCAUUGGAGAGAUCCACAAGAUCCAGAGAGCGGCCCGUUUGGGAAAACCGAUCAUCAAGCCUAGAUGGCCAAUCUUGAUAUUGCGGACACCGAAGGGAUGGUCCGGCCCCAAGAAGAUCCAUGGAAAAAUCUUAGAAGGCUCUUUCAAUUCACACCAGGUGCCCCUCCCCAAAGCGAAGAAAGACAGGGAGGAACUACGAGCGCUUCAGGAAUGGCUUUCUUCUUACGGGCCCGAAGAGCUGUUCACCGAAUCAGGAUAUGUCGUCGACGAAGUAACGACGAUCAUCCCGAAGGACGACCGGAAGAAACUCGGGCAGCGAGAGGAAGCGUACUGCACGUACUACCCGCUCGACCUGCCGGACUGGAAGGACUUCGCGGUCGAGAAGGGAUCGCAGGAGAGCACGAUGAAGGUCACGGGGCAGUUCAUCGACCAGGUGUUCGUACGGAACCCGCAUACGGUGCGACUCUUCAGCCCGGAUGAACUGGAGAGCAACAAGCUGGAUGCUGCCCUGACGCACACGGGCCGGAACUUCCAGUGGGAUCAAUACACCAAGGAGGAUGGCCGCGUUAUCGAGGUCCUGAGCGAGCACAUGUGCCAGGGUUUCAUGCAGGGCUACACGUUGACCGGCCGGACGGGGAUCUUCCCGUCUUACGAGAGUUUCCUUGGGAUCGUGCAUACCAUGAUGGUGCAAUAUAGCAAGUUCAACAAGAUGGCACGAGAGACAGGCUGGCACGGCGACAUCCCCAGCCUCAACUACAUCGAAACAAGCACCUGGACGCGCCAGGAACACAAUGGAUUCUCGCACCAGAAUCCGUCCUUCAUCGGGGCCGUGCUCAAGCUCAAGCCCUCUGCCGCGCGGGUGUAUCUGCCCCCAGAUGCCAACACAUUCCUCUGCACGCUAGCCCACUGUCUCCGAUCAAAGAACUACAUCAAUCUGAUGGUAGGCGCGAAGCAGCCGACGACGGCGUUCCUCAGCGCCGAGGAAGCAGAGAACCACUGCCGCGCGGGGGCAUCGGUGUGGAAAUUCGCCAGCACAGACGAGGGCCUAGACCCGGACGUCGUCCUCGUAGGGAUCGGCACCGAGCUCAUGUUCGAAGUCAUCUACGCGGCGGCGAUCCUGCGCCAACGCGUCCCGGAACUGCGGGUGCGGGUCAUCAACGUGACGGACAUCAUGAUCCUGGAGACGGAGGGCUCGCACCCGCACGCCCUGGCAGAAGACAGCUUCGACGCGCUCUUCACGCCGGACCGCCCCGUGCACUUCAACUACCACGGCUACUCGACCGAGCUGCAAGGGCUACUGUUCGGACGACCAAACCUCGAGCGCGCCACCAUCGCGGGGUACAUGGAGGAAGGCAGCACGACGACGCCGUUCGACAUGAUGCUCGUGAACCAGGUGUCGCGGUUCCACGUCGCAAAGGCAGCGGUCCGGGGCGCCGCGAAGCGCAAUGAGAGGGUGCGUCUGCGGCAGCAGGAGCUGCUGUCGGAGCUGAACCAUAAUAUGCUCGAGACGAGACGGUACAUUAUCCAACAUAGGAAGGGUAUGCUCCGUCGUUUUUCCAACCCUGCUGUGAUUGUUUUUCUUUCUAGCUGGCUUGUUUAUGGAAGAGGAGCUGAGCUGAGCUGA